AUGCUCAACGUCCUGCUAGUGCCACGUGACUACCACACCGAGAUCCUGCUCUGCGUCCCAGCGAUGCCUCACGCCCUCCUGCGUGUCUCGCUAGUCUGCAGCCAGUGGCAGCGCCUCAUCACCGACCCAAGCUUACUCCGCGGAUUCCGCGCCCGCCACAACAACGCUCCUCCCCUCAUCGGCGUCUUCCACAAUGGUUGCCAUGAAGGCGCAUGGCGCUUCACCCCCACCGGCAAGCACCCCGCGCCCGCGCACACCUUUGGCUACCCGGCACACUGGCACAUCCUCGACUGCCGCCAUGGCCGCGUGUUGGUCCUCACCGAGGCCGCCCAUGGCCGCCCACCCAUGCUCGUCCUGUGUAUUCUCUUGACUUGCGGGUGUGAGCAGAUACGAAUGCUGCCACUGCCAGACUGGAUGGUCCGCAACAACGGUGAGCUCAGUUGUGCCGUCGUCUGCAGGGCCGGCGCGGACGUUGAGGGCCGGCACAGGGACUACUGCUCCAGCUCAUUCCUGGUGGUGCUCCUGAUCAGGUGCGAGAGGCGGGUGCUACUCACCAUCUACUCGUCUGAUGCUGGGGACUAG